GCAUAGGCAGAAUCCCUUUGCUUCUGCCUCAGUCCAAUUUCCAAAGAUCAUUGCUUUUAUUUAUUUUUUCACUUUAUUCUUUACUUUUUCCCAGUCCCAGAUCUAAUUCUUUCCACUUUAUCCUGUUCAGUGAAAUUUCUCUCUCCAUUAUAUACCACAUUUUCCAGUUUCCACUCACCCUCACAGAUCAGCACUACCAAAUCUUCACCCAUCUCUCUCUCACAUGUGGCAAAGCUUGAUUGGUUUUGGGAUUUCAUAACUAGUCUUCCAUUUUGAUUUCUUCAAGAUUUCACUACUUCGAUGAGUUUCCCCAGCCCCGCCAUGGAUUCUGCAACUCUAGCACCCUUAUCUACUAUCAAGAUUGUGAACACCCUUUUACUCCCUCCCCUGCAGAAAUCUCCUGCCUUAUCACCCCCAAAACCCAAGCAAAAACUGCUGGUUUUGAGAAAGAACUCAAAGAAGUCGCCAUUUCUAACCCACUGCUCCGCGAAGCCACACACAACGAACGGGGAGGAUUUAUCCGUUGAGCUCAUCGGUUCAAGGAUUGAAGGGGAAGACGCAAAACCCAUUCCCGAUCAAGCAGUUUCUUCUUCUUCUUCUUCAUCUUCGAUAUUGAGGGGAUUGGUUUUGGAUUUGGGGUGUGGGGAUUCGUGGGAUAAUUUGGAGAUUGGGUCACCGGUGGUGAAGAGAUAUUUGGGCGACGAGGAAGAGCGGUGGCACCUGUGGUACCACGGCAGGUCCGGCAAGAACCCGGAAUCGGACGCGAUCGGAUUAGCGGUUUCGAGCAAUGGGAUUCACUGGGAGCGAGGCGUUGGGGGCGUGGAAUCAAGCGGGGAUGUGGGAUUGGUGAUGAAUCCCAGCCAAGAUUGGUGGGGAUUCGAUACCCAAAGCGUUAUCCCCGGCGAGGUUUCCAUCAUGUCCAGCGCCAAACUCCGGGCAAACACCGCCGCCGUUUACUGGCUCUACUACACCGGUUUCAGCGCCGAAGAACUGAAACUCCCAGAAAAUUUCUCCCCGGGUUUCCAAUUACAAAACCCAGAAAGGGCUUGCUCCAAUUCCUCCCAAUCCUCCACCAUUUUCAAGUCACUCCCAGGCUUAGCAAUGAGCCAAGACGGGAGACACUGGGCAAGAAUCGAAGGCGACCAUCAUUCCGGCGCUCUAUUCGACUCCGGCCAAAAACACGACUGGGAUUCCCUAUUCAUAUCCUCACCCAAUGUUCUGUUUCAUGGCAACGGCGAUCUCCGAAUGUACUACCAUUCAUUCGACACCAAAGCCAAUUGCUUCGCAAUUGGAAUAGCAAGGUCAAGAGAUGGGAUAAAAUGGGUGAAACUAGGGAAGAUCCUAGAGGGGGGCGGGCCGGGGGCGUUUGAUGAGAAGGGAGUAAUGAAGGCUAAUGUGGUGAGAAACAAGAGGGGUGGGGGGUAUGUUAUGAGCUAUGAAGGGGUUGGGGUGGAUGGGAGGAGGAGCAUUGGAAUGGCGGUUUCAUUGGAUGGGUUGAAGGGGUGGAGGAGGGUGAAUAACAGCAGGCCUGUGUUGGAGAAGUGUGGGGAAGAAGAUGGGUGUUGGGAUAGUGAAGGGGUGGGUUCACCUUGCCUAGUUGAGAUGGAUAAUGGAGGUGAAGAUUGGCAAUGGAGGCUUUAUUACAGAGGAGUUGGGAGAGGUGGAAGGACUGGGAUUGGGUUGGCAGUUUCUGAUGGUGCUGAUUUUCAAAGCUUUCAAAGAUGGACGGGGUUCCAUUUGUGACGUAGAUACAGGUUUAAUUCACUAGUUCUGUAGAUAGUAUUUGAGACAAAAGUUCCAUUUGUGAUUCAUAUGUUCCUACCUCUAUUUUUUUUUCUUUUUUAUUGCUUGCGGUUACUUUAAUUCAAUGUUUGUUUUCUUUUAAG